AUGGCUGCCUCUGACUCAGCGCCCAAUCCAGCCAAGAAGGAGUUGGCUGCGCCCCGUAGAAAAUCGACCUCGACGAAGACGGGAACCACUGCCAAGGAUAAUUCAUCAGCGAGUGUAUCAGCAUCAGGUGACGCUUCGUCGCCGACGAAGCGCUCUGCGCAGGUACAUGGCAUCGACUUCCAGUCGCUGGUGCACACGACGCAGGAGGAGACUCUCCGCGCUGUUGUGUCGAGCCUGCCCACAAUUGGUCUGCAGGCUACUCAGAUUGGCCGUGCGCGCCAACUUGUGCAGCAAAUUCUUCACCGUCGCUCGCCGGAGGAUCGUGUCUUUCUCGCCUACACGUCCAACAUGAUUUCAUCUGGUCUUCGCGACACGUUUGUCUACUUGGCUCGCGAGCGACUGGUGGACUGCUUCAUCUCAUCUGCCGGCGGCAUUGAGGAGGACGUCAUAAAGUGCGGUGGCAGCACGCUGCUCGGCCGGUUCGACUUGGACGGGCGCGCUCUGCGCCGCCGCGGCAUCAACCGCAUCGGCAACCUCCUCGUGCCAAACGACAACUACUGCUGGUUUGAGGACUUCUUCACACCCGUACUGGCGUCGGUUCACGAGGCGCAGCGGGCAUCGCGCUGGAAGACGCACACAGCUCCGUCCGAGAUCAUUGAGGCCAUGGGCGCCGCCAUGGCAACGAACCAUCCUGACACGUGCACCUCCAGCCUGAUCUACUGGUGCUACCGGAACAAGAUCUCUGUCUUUUCGCCAGCCUUCACAGAUGGCUCGAUGGGAGACAUGGUAUACUUCUACAACUUCUCGCACAAGGGCCUCGUCGUGGACCCGCUGGUGGACGUUGUGCGCUUGCGCAAGCUGGCAGCGAAGGGAAGUGGCCAUAAUCUGGCCAUCGUACUCGGCGGCGGUCUUCCCAAGCACCAGCUUCUGCGCAAUGUGUCGAUGGAUGCUGUUGUCAUGGUAACAACAGGCCUUGAGGCCGAUGGGUGCGUAAGUUCCGGCGCCCUCGCUGACGACGUGGCAUGUGGACUGCUCAGAGAAGAUACGGAGGUAGUGCGUGUGCAAGGUGAUGCCACGGUAGUGUUUCCGCUGAUGCUGAUUUCUGAAGAGGCUGCCACGCUGGAGGAUGCAGCAGCGUAG